CUUAGGGGUAGAGGCACGUUGAUAGGUUUCAGCUACAAAACACCAGAGUCAGCAUGACUAGCCGGAGUUAAACCAAGUUCGCGUGGCGUGGGAUGCAACUAGACUUCAUCCAUCGAAUGAGACGUCUGAAUACGUUCUUAGGUUUGCUCACAAGGUGCUCUGGACGAGAUUGCUUUACCCACGCUGGCUGGGGACCUUGGGGGAAAAGCACGACUCCGGCAAGCGAGGCCAGACGAUUGGGGGAUGAGACCAUAGCCACGCAAUUGGCAUCUGUCAAAAGAUUGCGAUCAUCUUUCUUACGGAUCCGGGAUCUUGUUUCCCAUUCGACAAGGUCGCCUUGCCUGGAAGAGAGAUCCGUGAGGUAUGAUUGCCCUGGAAAAGACAUUGAAUUCAGAGAAUAUGAUAAUAGCAGUGUAUUUGUACAAAAAGAGAAUAAAUCUAUACCCCAUUUGUCAUCUCCUGCAAAUUUCUAGUCGGCAACUAGUCAAGUGGCAUUGCUUGUCUAGUCGUUGAACGCGAGAGGGCGCGAGCGUGCUCUUUCGUAAUUUGAUAGCCCCAUCGCCACCUGUUCCCUUGCUCACGGCCCACCACC